GUUCCACAUCUAGAGGAUCGCGGUAUUACAGCAAACGAUGAUUGUUCCCAAAGCCCUGACGUUCGAAGCUCCUGCGGACUGAUUCAUUAGCGUUCCAGCACAUCUGACUCGCCGUCUAAGCAGUGGAGCUUCCCCAACUUCUCCUCGAACCGAGGCACGGGCAAGCUUAUGCGGGGCGGAAAGCUUACGCUCACUAAACAACAACAUCACAGCGCAUACAUACCUUCAACACAUAUUCCACAUUCUCAAUUCUUAUCUGCUUGCUCAAUGUGUUCGAGAGCUUGAGCCUGCUCACCUAUUACGUCGUCUAACCCGUGGUCUUUCUUCCCUGCGUCGGCUUCAGGCAUUCCGCCCAACAACACCAUGGCGUCCGAAUACGCAGAUAUAAAAUUCGAGAUCAAAGGAAAGAUCGGGAUUAUCAAGUUCAAUCGCCCCAAAGCCCUGAACUCCUUCGGCGGGAAUCUCAUCCCGGAUGUCAUCGCAGCACUGCGCGUGCUCAACGAGCACCCCGAGACCGUGUUCACCGUAUUGACGGGCGAAGGCCGGUUCUUCUCUGCAGGCGCAGAUGUAAAAGGGAUCUCUGACAUGUCGGCGGAGUACAAGAACGCGGGGGAGAAGAAGCUGGCUUUCUUGCGGGGAUUUACUUAUGCAAUCGAACUCCUCCGCUCCAUGAUCGACCACACAAAAGUCCUCGUCCUAGCUCUCAACGGCCCCGGCGUCGGCGGCGGCGCCGCCUGGUUCCCGGGCAUCGCGGACAUCGUCCUGGCCUCCAGCACCGCCUGGCUGCAAUGCCCCUUCAGCGCACUGGGCCUAGUCCCCGAAAACGGCUCCGCGCUCUCGUUCGCCCAGCACAUCGGCAUCCACCGCACCAACGACUUCCUCAUGUUCGGCACCAAGCUAUCCGCCCAGGAGCUGCUCGACUGCGGCAUGUAUAACCGCGUGUGGGAGAAAACGGGGGACGCGUUCCAGAGCGAGGUGGUGCGGUUUUUGGAGGGCCAGCUGGAGGUCAAUGAUGGGAAGAGCAUGAUGGAGAUGAAGCGGCUGCAGAAUGCGCCGGUGAGGGAUGCGAGGAUGAUGGCGGUGGUUAAUGCGGUGGAUGCACUUGCGGAGCGGUUUGUGGAGGAUGCGCCGGUGCGGAGGUUCGCGGAGAAGAAGAGGGCGAUGGAGGAGAAGAGUAAGGCUAGGGCGAAGAUGUGAAUUGAGCGCGGGUGAGAAGGAGAGAGGUGGUUGAUCAUCUGAUGAUGCAUCAAAUGUAGCUUGUAUUAUGGAUUAUGGAUUAGGGGUUGACGAUGAGGAGGACAUCGUUGAGAUGUGCUCCUCUCUUUGCUUUUACACGUGCCUCCUCCGCGCCCAUUUCGUU